AUGCCACAAAAUAUAUUGGAGAAUGAAGCUGAGAAAGCGGGUAGAACGUUGUCUUCUGGUUCGUUUUCACAGGAAGGAAAUGAACCGAGUUCCUUAUAUACAGUCCCACUUUUAUUAUUAAUAGGAUUUGCACUCAAGAAUGAUAGUAAGAACAAGACUUUGGGCCCAGAAAUAGCUCUAGAUGAACAGCAUAAGGAAGAAAUUUUAUCUUUAAUACUAGAAUCACGCCCAGCCGUCGUUGAAUCCAGUGACUCCACAAAAUCAUUUGGUGGAAGGUUUGGAGCGGCAGGGUUUAGCUCUAGAGGAAAUAGGGGUAGUCAAAGAGGACGAGUAUUUAGUGGACAGGUAGGUGGAGGUGGAAGAAGAAGUAUAAUAAGGCAACCCAAUGAAAAUUUAUGGGACAUGCCUUGUUCUGAAAUGAGUAGUAUGACAUUGGGUGAUAUUAGAGAGGCAGAGAACAAGAUGAAGGCAGAGGACUUGACUUUAGAUCAAUAUGUAGAGAGACAAAAGGAGUCAAGUGAUAGGAAAUCUGCAUCAUUUUCUCAAUCUAAUCAGAAGAAAUCUUUUGUUUCUAUUCCUAUAUCUGGAGAAGCUAUUAUAAAUGUUAGCAGUACAUUUUCUUUAAAUAAUAAUCCCGUUAAAAAUCACCAGGGCCACACUACAAGUAAUGCUAAUGAUAAUUUUCAGCGUAAUUCGAUCCAAUUUAAUCAACAGCACAACCAACACCAACAACCAAAUAAAGACAAUUUUAUGAGUAGAUUCGGCCAAAAUGGCACAUUAAAUUCCCAGAAUAUUCUAAACGUCCAGCAAAACAGCAUUAGUCAUGAAUUUAAUACUUCGGUUGACUUGAGGAAUGAGUUAGUUGGGGGUGAAAGGACAAAUUCUUCACUUUUCUCUACGAUUGCCAAUAAUAGGAAAUCCUCAUCUAUCUCAGAAGCUUUUUUAAGCGGCCCAGCUAACUUAUCACUCUUUGAUGUUAACACUCCUAUUUUUGAUGACGACAACAAUGAAACAGGAAUAGAUUUCAGACCACCAAUCGUUCACAACAAUGCAAAUACAAUAGGUAGUUUUGAUGAUAAUAACAAGAAUAAAGACACUUCCGAGGAAUUAAUGAGAGGACAAGCUCAUUUUGAACAAGGAAUUCAAAGUUCUGCUUCUAAUUUCAGUUGGUCAAAUAGAAACAGCAAUAGUGAAGAAAUAGAUAACAAAAAUAUCAGUAAUUUGUCAGAUAAUUCAACGUCAUUUCCAGCCUUGUCAAAAAAUUCACAAUUUAGUCAGUCUCAAGUUAAAACACAAAAUUCACACUCCUCUAUAUCAUCAGAACCAAAUAUUCUUCAGAAGCUACAUGCAGCUGGAAUGGCGUCUAAAUUGGUGGAUAAGAAUAUGAUGGAUAAUGUUGGCCAUGGUAAUUUAAAACACAAUAGUUUUUUUGAAACAAAAUUUAAACAUAAAUCAAAUGGCAAUGAGUAUCCACCACUCUCAUCUGCUUCAAAUGCUGCACCAACCUCAUUAUCUUCUUCAAUCUCUAAUAACUUAAAGUUUAACAACCAAUUAAAAUCUAAUGAUGCUGGUAGACUGCUAAUGUCUAUAAUUGGUGCUGGACAACAAAAUAAUAAUAAUAGAAGUUAUGGAUCUAACUUUAAUGUUCGUAAUAACAAUCAACGCAAUAAUAUUCAUAAUACUCAUAAUGCCCACAACAGCAACUAUCACAAUAAUGGAAAUCACCAUAAUGAUCAGAUAGGUAACUUUGCCAGAUACUAA